GGCAAACAUUUGUAGAGUCGAGAAUAAGUACAAAGGUGUCAGGAUUACGGAAGCAGCCGUCGAGCAAUGGCUGUGGUUCCAAAAGUUCUCAAUAGAUGGCGUGGAGGACUCGUUCUGCAUUUAUUCUUGCAUGCUGAAUGGAUCUUUCUGGCUCGCGUCUUCCCCUCUUGCAGUGCCAGAAAUACAUGUUCAACGAACCUACUGAAUCCUGGAGAAAGCAUCUUUUCACCGAAGUUCACAGAGGGAAUGGACACCAAAAUUGAAACAUUCGCCGGCGGUUGGCAACCCUUCCAGAUCAAGUUCCUUCAGGAGAAUCGAGUUCAGUACAAACUUGGCUUCGUAAAACUUACCUUUAUGAUCCGUCUGAGCGUCCGGAACCACCUGGACGAGUACUUGAUUCGCAGCGACUUGGAAAUUGACUUUCGACGCAACGAGUUGAUGAGCUUUGGAUUAAGGAAGGAGGACUCCCGAGUGUGGGUCCUGGACGUCGAAAAAGGCGAAUUUCUGAAGACAGUCCGGCUGACCGACGUCUCUCUCGACGGCGUUGACGAUCUCGAAGUAUAUAAUGAAGGAACUAGCAGGAGAAGAAAAGUUUUCUUCUGUUAUCCACGAAACUCGUCUGCUCUGCCACCUACCGUCAGCCCAAAGAAACACGAAGGUAAACAAUGUCCGAAGUGCGAGAGACCUACGGCCUCUUUGGAAAGCCUGAGCGAGUCUGUGUUGAUAGGAUGUCUGGCGACGUCCCUCGUCGUUGUGUUUGGGUCGCUUUCCUACGUCGUUUACCUCAAGCGACAUUUCGGGAAGAAGCCGGAGCGGCAACUGGGUGGGGAGCAGGCAACCUCUUUCGACGACCUGUCAGGUGAUAGCAUCCGAACGCUAACCCAACAGCUCCCUCCAACCAGAGCUCUGCCUCCAACGCCCUUGCAACCGUCUCUGCGUCCUCCGAAGACGGCCCACAUCAAGUCCCGAAGGCAGAGCCCCAUGUACCAGGACGUGCUGAAGUACGAGAACUCGUUCCAGAGCCAUCUGGUGGCUCAGGAGAUGAACGACGACGACGGUUAUCUCCCCGCCAUCGAACCUCAGAUGCAGACCUUCGCCCAAAGCCAGUGUGGGGGGGAGCCAAAUCGUCAGGGUGGCAACGAAAACGAAAGAGCGGAUAUGGGGAGUGAGGAGAGUCUGUAUGAACCGAUGCCUUAAAUAAGAGGUGGAUUCUCAAGACUUAACGUUAGUCAGGCUAUUCACGGAAAAUGAAAGGCUCCGCUAUCCCCUGCUCGAUAAAGAUGACAACGCAACGAAGGUGUGAAGCCGAGUUUUAUUUUAUCACGGACGAGGCAAAACUAAGAAAAUUAGAAAAUGCAGCAAGUUUGUAUUGUAACCAAGUGCAGUGAAAACAUUUUUGAUAUGAUUGAUUUCGGUAUCUAAAAAUUCGACAUCACAAAGUUUAUACGCUCUCAAGAAUAUAUUAGAGAUAACACCUAUUUUGACAUCGUCUGAAUGGAAAGAAAAAGCAUGGAUAUAUGACUGCAUGGGGCGCAUUUUAAGGCACGUAGAAUAUAUUAUGUAGCAAGGGAGAAAAGGAGCUUCCUAGGUAAUAAUGACAGUGUUUUAGUCUUACCACAAACCAAAGCAAACCCUGGACUUUUACACGAAUAUUUGGAAUUUUGCAACAUUUUCCCAGUAUAUAAGAAUACAAACACUGUUAAAAAGUACCUAACAAAUAAUGUUAAAAAUGUAGACAAAACAAAAGGAUGCAUUUACGAAAUUCCCUGUCAAGAGUGUAAUAAAACAUAUAUAGGUGAAACGAUUGAUUUUGACACAAGAAAAAGACAACAUCGUGACUCAUUAAGGAAAGGUGAUGAAAACAAAGCCCUGUUUCAACAUAGACAAAGUAAAAAUCAUAUGGUUAACCUAGACAAAAUGAAAAACAUAAAGGUUGUUAGUAACACUGAAAAAGAAAACUUUUAGAAUCUAUUCUAAUCCAAAAUGUUGACGCUAUGAAUAUAUAUAAGAGUAAUUUUAAACUGGACCUUUUCUGUAAUGCAAUUAUGACAAAGCAUGUAGUUAGUGUUGCUAAGUUGUUAAACAAGAUUGGCAAACCACCGUAGGGCAGUUAUUCUGAUACAACCAUAUGCUUGUAUGUUAUUUCUUUUACCUUGACCGUUGUUUUCAGUUUAUGUAACUUUUAUUUCUCUUUCUGAAAGAGAGAGAGAAUGUACUCUC